AUGCCGCGGACGUUUUCGAUUAGGCCGUUUUCUCCCAGGCACUGGAGGAUAUUCGUGGCUGCAGGAGGCGCUUCCACUCUUUCCUCAACCUAGCAGAGAAGUAACUGAAACUAACCCAAGGGCUACCACCGAAAAGCCCCUUCCAGCUUCAGAAGCAGAACUAGAAGCUCGGCUAGACUUCUCCGUCUCUACCCUCCUGGAAAGCCCGCAGUGGAUUUCACUAACUUCAGGAUCGGAGCCCCCGCAGGCGAACGCACCUUAUUGCGCAUGCUCGCUAGCCCCUCCCGCUCGGAGCGGAAGGGGGAGUGCUCCGGGCCUGGGCCUGGCCUGGCCGGGGCGUCGGCACCGGCGGCCAUCUUGGCUUCCCGGGGAAAGGCGGCGUGAGGGGAAGAAGUUGUAGGGUGGGGGCAGGAGUGGGGAGGAGGGAAGAGAGAGGGGGAGGAGGCCGCGGCGGGGCAGGGCGGGGACUGCCUGCCUGCUUGGGUUGCGGAAGUGAUAGCCGCUGAUCGAGCCUGCUGCUUUCUUGCUACUGCUUCGGCUUCCCGGCUACCCCCCGGACGGUGAAGGCGGCCCGGCUGUGGAUGGUCAGAUAGCGCCUGUCUCCCGCCGCCAAUCUCUGGCCCCUAGCAGCACGGAGCAGACGGCGGCAGCAGCAGCAGCAGGCGAGGAGGAAGAUGGCGGGACGGCUGCCGGCCUGUGUGGUGGACUGUGGCACGGGGUAUACAAAACUAGGAUAUGCUGGAAAUACAGAACCACAGUUUAUCAUCCCUUCCUUGGCCAAUCCGCCAUGGUAUAGUUGAAGAUUGGGACUUAAUGGAAAGGUUUAUGGAGCAAGUGAUCUUUAAGUAUUUAAGGGCAGAACCUGAAGACCAUUAUUUUCUUUUGACUGAACCUCCAUUGAAUACUCCAGAAAACAGGGAAUAUACUGCUGAAAUAAUGUUUGAGUCUUUCAAUGUUCCAGGCUUGUACAUUGCUGUGCAGGCUGUUCUUGCCUUAGCUGCAUCUUGGACCUCAAGACAAGUAGGAGAACGGACGUUGACUGGUACAGUAAUAGACAGUGGAGAUGGUGUCACUCAUGUCAUUCCUGUGGCUGAAGGGUAUGUGAUUGGCAGCUGUAUUAAACACAUUCCAAUCGCAGGACGAGAUAUAACAUAUUUUAUUCAGCAACUGCUGAGAGACCGAGAAGUAGGAAUCCCUCCAGAACAAUCCUUGGAAACUGCUAAGGCAGUAAAGGAGCGUUAUAGUUAUGUCUGCCCAGAUUUAGUAAAAGAAUUUAACAAGUAUGAUACAGAUGGGUCAAAAUGGAUUAAACAGUAUACUGGAAUCAAUGCUAUCUCAAAGAAAGAAUUUUCUAUCGAUGUUGGUUAUGAGAGAUUUUUGGGACCUGAAAUAUUUUUUCAUCCAGAGUUUGCUAAUCCAGACUUUACACAGCCUAUCUCAGAAGUUGUAGAUGAAGUAAUUCAGAAUUGUCCUAUUGAUGUCAGGCGUCCUCUCUACAAGAAUAUUGUCCUCUCUGGAGGUUCAACCAUGUUCAGGGACUUUGGACGUCGCUUGCAAAGAGAUUUAAAAAGAACUGUAGAUGCCCGGCUGAAAUUAAGUGAGGAAUUGAGUGGCGGUAGAUUGAAGCCAAAACCUAUUGAUGUACAAGUCAUUACACACCACAUGCAGCGAUACGCAGUUUGGUUUGGAGGAUCAAUGCUGGCUUCCACGCCUGAGUUCUACCAAGUAUGCCACACCAAAAAGGACUAUGAAGAAAUUGGACCUAGCAUUUGUCGUCACAAUCCAGUGUUUGGAGUCAUGUCGUAAAAUUGACUUCAUAGUUAUUGGGGUUAGGGAGGUGGGGAAGAGAUAAUCUUUCUGAUUACCUGUUUUGUCUGGAUGGCUGGUUUUGAGGUUUUAAACCUGACUUGAAAUAGUAACACCAAACAUGAUUAUACAGGAAUAUUUUAAUAAGUGUAUCAACAUGCAGAUGUAGAAGAGAGCGAAAGUGAUUGUGUUUUUCUUUAGAUUGAAUAUUUGAAUCUUAUGUGUAACAAAAAGAAGUGGGUUUUAGUUCUUUCUGUGCCCUGAUAUUUUGUAUAUUAAUGAAUUAUCCAAGAUUUGAUGGGAUUUAUCAGUGUGUAGAUAGCUCUAUAAUGCUUGAAUUGUACACUUCUAAGUGUGCAGUGCAAGAGCUUGUUUAUAUUUCAUACUUUUUAUACUUUGAGGAAAAAAAGUCAAAGAAAAAUUGUAUUUGAGGGAAAAAACCAUGACCAAGUAAAGGAUAAAUUGAAAAAAUAGCCUCAUGAGACUUGGCAUACACACUCAUGGGAUUCCAGUUAUUAUGGAGUGCUUCCAUCCCUCUCCACCCCUUCCCCUGAAAAGGUUUUCUUUGCAAGUGCUUUUGGAACUAAGAGCUAGUAUCUUGGAUUAACUGAUGCCUGCUAGUGCUUUCUGAUUACUUGCAUUCUGUUUCUUGCUUUAAAAGAAGAGUAAAGACAAGAGUGUUGGACCAGUAUUGCAGUUCUGUAGUGUUGUUUCUUAUAAAAAAAAAAACAACAACAAUAAUUUAUCAAAAUUGGCAUAUUUAAAGCCUAACAACAUUCUAAUAAAGGCACAAAUUUCUUUUUAAUACUUGUUUCAGGCUCUUUAAUCUCUUUAUAAGUUAACUAAUAAAUCUAUUUUCUUCAAACUUCUGCAAUAGUUCUUUAAAAUCACAACAGUUGUUAGCAAGCUGACUUUUUUAAUGUGCUCAAUACAAAUACUUGUGAACUUUUAAUAUGUUGAGUGCUUUCAUUUUGAUAACUGGAUCUCCAUUUGAUAUUUUCAUUUGUAUAACUCAUUUGCAGUCUGAAAAUUUUUUUUAGUGCCAGUCCCUGAACAUACCAUUGAAAGUUAAUUUUCUUUGCAUUUUAAAAUAUCUGGAUUAUGAAGAAAAAGUGAUGAAAAUAAAUUAAAACUGAAUUACCUUUUCUAAUGUUUUUUUUUUUUUUUAAAGUAAUGUAAUUCUACUUUGUUUUUAUGUAUGUGAUAUGAUAUCUGUUUCUGUUGAGAUUUGGGAGUUAUUGAAAUCUCUGUAAUGUGUAUGGUGGAAAAUUUCUUGUGACCUUAAAAUUUUACCAGUUAUUUAUAGAAAGAUAAAAUGGGAAAUGUUUCAUAGGCUUUUUACUAGCAAUUGUCAGUGAACACUUGAACUCCAUCAUUCAUGAAAAUAACACGUUAGGAUUAGAAUACUUCUAUUCAAAAGUGAAAUAAUAUAAAGUGUUUAGUUUUUUGUUUUUACUAUGAAGAUAGAAUUGGGGAGUAAACUUCAGUUUUUGUUUAGAGUGGAUCUGAAUAUUUAAAAUCCUAUAAUCAUUUUUGUGAAUCUUCCUUCUUUGAGUAUGGAAUUGUAAAAGACAAACUAUAUAUCCUAUAGUAGUAUCAUUGUCAGUAUCAAAGGUCCCCCUUUUUUUUUAAACUGGAAAAAGUAUUUCACAAACAUUAUAAAAAUACUAUUCAAACAGUACCAAAGAGUAGAUUAGCAAAAGUAAGUUUUUUUUCCCUAGCCUGUCUCAUUUUUACAUCAUUACACAGACUAUUUGGAAUGUCUUAGAUGUCCUUGUAUUGUAAUUUUCUGUGUAGAUAGAAAUAAAUGUAGCUUUCUUAUUUUACACAAAUAGGAACUUACUGUAUAUACUGUUCUGCACUUUGCUUUAUUAAAGAUCUUUUGAUAAAGAAC